ACCCAGGCCCCCGAAGUGUGUGGACAGCGCGGCCUUUCAGGCCGUUGAGCCGGACAGGGUCGCGGUCGCAGAGUCGACCCCGAGCUUUACCUGGGCCUGCGCGGACUGUGACAGGUGCGCGGACGAGCGCGGCGCUCCGCCCGCUCGCGGGCCCGCCCCCUCCAGGCCUCGCCAGCCAAGGCCGGGAAUGAGCUGCGGGCCCCAGCUGAGCGGCUCCGGUUGUUGGAGCCCGUCGCUGUCGGGGUUGCCGCCCCAGACCGGCCGCCGCCCCUGAGGGAAAGAGGGAGGGAAGCCGCCGCUGAUCCUGAGCAUGAGCUGGCCGCAGUGUCCGUUGCUGGACUAAGGCGCUGACAUGAACCUGCACCAGGUGCUGACCGGGGCUGUUAACCCUGGCGACCACUGCUUCUCCGUGGGCAGCGUAGGAGACCAGCCCUUCACGGCUUAUGCAUCUGGAUGUGACAUUGUUAUACUGGGAAGUGAUUUUGAAAGAGUACAAAUAAUCCCAGGAGCUAAACAUGGAAAUAUUCAAGUAGGAUGUGUAGACUGUUCAAUGCAACAAGGCAAGAUUGCAGCAUCCUAUGGAAAUAUUAUCUCUGUUUUUGAACCAGUUAAACUCCAGAAGCAAAAGAAAAAUUUGGAAUUACAUAGUCAAUGGCAGAAAACUGGUCAGUUUUUUCUGGAAUCAAUAGCACACAAUAUAACUUGGGAUCCUGCAGGCAAUCGUCUUUUAACUGGUUCCAUCUGUUUGCAACUCUGGUCCAAUGCUAACGUGGAAAAGCCAACUGAAGAUGAAAAUCCAGAUAAAACAGAUCUUAACUUUGGGGAUUGGAGAUGCAUUUGGCAUUGCAAAACUGCUUCCCAAAUUCAUUUAAUGAAAUUUUCACCAGAUGGAGAAUUUUUUGCCACUGCGGGGAAGGAUGACUGUCUUUUAAAGGUAUGGUAUAAUGUAGAAAACUGGCGGACAGCUGUUACAUCUCCAGAUAAAAGUUCAGAAAAACAAUCCCAAGGAGAAAUUGACUUUUCUUUUGUAUAUCUGGCCCAUCCUCGAGCUGUAAAUGGAUUUUCCUGGCGUAAAACGAGCAAAUAUAUGCCUAGGGCUUCUGUAUGUAAUGUACUGUUGACUUACUGCAAAGAUAAUGUGUGUCGUCUUUGGGUAGAGACAUUUUUACCAAAUGAUAGUUUACUAUAUGGAGGAGAAAGCAACCAUUGGACUGAACCAAUUAAUUUAACAAAUAACUUUGAGAGAAAUGCUUCUAGUAAAGAACGAGUUCAAAACACUUUAGAUGUAAAUCUGAGACAUUUCCGAAGAGGCCGAAGGAGAUCUCUUGCACUUGUAGCACAUACCGGAUACCUGCCACAUCAGCAGGAUCCUCAUCAUGUCCACAGGAACACUCCACUGCAUGCCAAUGCACUUUGCCACUUUCAUAUUGCAGCCAGCAUCAACCCAGCCACAGACAUUCCACUUCUUCCUUCUAUUACAUCUCUAAGUCUAAGUGAAAAUGAAGAGAAGAGUGGACCUUUUGUGGUACACUGGCUAAACAAUAAAGAAUUACAGUUUACUUUGUCCAUGGAAGUCUUUUUACAGCAAAUUAGAAAAAGUUUUGAACAGCCGUCUUCUGAGGCCAGUGUAGAAGACUCUAAUCAGGCAGAUGUAAAAUCUGAUGAAGAAACCGAUGAAGGUGUUGAUGAUCUGAAAAUAAAUCAUGAAAAGAAGGAAUUGGGUGGUGAUAAAAUGGUACCAGACUCAAGUUUUGUACCAUUACCAUCAGCUGCCAUUGAUCAUCAGAUUGAAGUACUUCUGUCUGAAUGGAGUAAAAAUGCAGACAUGCUAUUCAGUAUUCAUCCCAUGGAUGGCUCAUUGCUGGUUUGGCAUGUGGAUUGGCUGGAUGAAUACCAGCCUGGUAUGUUUCGUCAAGUACAGGUGUCCUUUGUUUCCAGAAUCCCUGUAGCUUUCCCCACAGGUGAUGCGAACUCUCUCUGUAAAAGCAUAGUAAUGUAUGCCUGUACCAAGAAUGUUGACUUGGCUAUUCAGCAAGGGAAACAAAAGCCUUCUGGCCUCACACGUUCCACAUCAAUGCUUAUCUCUGCUGGUCACAGUAAAUCAACUAAUAGCUUAAAAUUAAGUAUUUUUACCCCUAAUGUAAUGAUGAUUUCAAAGCACGCUGAUGGCUCUCUGAAUCAGUGGCUAGUCAGUUUUGCUGAGGAAUCUGCUUUUUCUACAGUUCUUAGUAUUUCACAUAAAUCCAGAUAUUGUGGUCAUCGCUUUCAUCUUAAUGAUUUAGCUUGCCAUUCAGUACUACCGUUAUUGUUGACAACAUCACACCAUAAUGCAUUAAGGACACCAGAUAUUGAUAGCCAAAAACUACCUUAUGAUGCUUUAAAUACGGAAGAUUUGGCACAACAGAAUAAAAGCACCGUUGAUGUAACAUUUCAGGACCCCAAAUCAGUUUAUAGUGAGCUAAUUCUUUGGAGAGUUGAUCCAGUUGGGCCAUUGUCUUUUUCUGGAGGUGUUUCUGAGCUUGCCCGGAUUAAUUCUCUUCAUGUUUCCGCAUUUUCCAAUGUGGCAUGGCUGCCUACUCUUAUACCCAGUUACUGUCUAGGUGCAUACUGCAACUCUCCUAGUGCAUGCUUUGUAGCAAGUGAUGGACAAUAUCUGAGAUUAUAUGAAGCAGUUAUUGAUGCCAAGAAGCUUCUAUGUGAGCUUUCCAAUCCUGAAAUUUCUAAAUACGUUGGUGAAGUGUUUAACAUCGUAAGUCAACAGUCAACAGCCAGACCAGGAUGUAUUAUCGCAUUAGAUCCCAUUACAAAACUUCAAGGCAGAAAAACCCAGCUACUUCAUGUUUUUCAAGAAGACUUCAUUUUGAAUAACCUUAAGAAGAAAAGUAUAGCAAAAGACAGAAUAUUAUCUGAUGAAGGCAGCUCACCUAGUGGAUUUUCUGAAAAAUUCUACCUAAUUGUGAUAGAGUGCACUCAAGACAACCGUUCAUUGUUACACAUGUGGAAUUUACAUUUAAAGUCCACUCCUGUCUUAUUGGAUGAAAAAGUAGAUACAAAAAUAUCUGAAGCAGUUUGGCAACCAGAAGAACAUUAUUCUUCUCCAGAGAAGAUCCUAUCUCCUUUUGCACAGAAGUAUCAGGCUUGCAGAGCAAAUCUUCAGAGUACCAGCAAGUUGACUCUGUCUUCAGAAAAGGUUUAUAGCCAAGAGUUACAUUUGCCAGAAGGAGUUGAAAUAAUAAGUGUUAAACCAUCAGCAGGUCAUCUGAGUUCUUCUUCCAUAUAUCCUAUAUGCAGUGCUCCCUAUUUGUUGGCAACUUCAUGCUCAGAUGAGAAAGUAAGAUUCUGGAGAUGCAGAGUAACAGAUGGAGAAUCUGCCACAUCAAAUAAUGGAAAAAUGGAUCUUGUAUACAUUUGGGAGGAAUGGCCGUUACUUAUUGAAGAUGGACUUCAGAGCAAUAGUAGUAUAACUGUACCUGGUAGGCCUGUAGAAGUUAGCUGUGCACACACAAAUCGUUUAGCAGUAGCAUAUAAGCAGCCUGCAUCUAAUAGUAGAACUUCUCAGGACUUUGUGAUGCAUGUAAGUAUUUUUGAAUGUGAGUCUACAGGAGGUUCAUGUUGGGUCCUUGAACAGACAAUUCAUUUAGAUGAGUUAAAUACAAUGUUGGAUUCUGGCAUUAGCAUUGAUAGCAAUUUAGUGGCCUAUAAUAAACAAGAGGUAUAUUUAUCCAGUAAAGAGAGUAUCACAUCAAACAUUAAGCAUUUAGUUCACUUAGAUUGGAUGUCUAGAGAAGACGGUUCUCAUAUCUUGACUAUAGGAAUUGGAUCAAAACUUUUUAUGUAUGGACCCCUAGCUGGCAAGGUACAAGAACAGACUGGUAAGGAAAGCCUUGCUUUUCCUUUCUGGGAGAGUACUAAAAUUGUGCCACUUUCUAAAUUUGUACUGUUACGAAGUGUAGAUUUGGUUUCUUCUGUAGAAGGCUUUCCACCUUUCCCUGUUUCUUUGUCCUGGGUCCGGGAUGGCAUCCUGGUGGUAGGAAUGGAUUGUGAGAUGCGUGUGUAUUCCCAGUGGCAGCCAUCUUCUAAACAGGAACCUGUUAUAAGAGAUUCAUACAAUGGGAGCACUCCAUCUAUAAUAAGUUUAAUAAAACAGAGUAACUCAUCAAGUUCUGGAUUACAUCCUCCAAAGAAAACUCUGACUCGAUCCAUGACUAGUCUUGCACAGAAAAUCUGUGGAAAGAAAACUGCAUUUGAUCCUUCUGUGGACAUGGAAGAUUCAGGUCUUUUUGAAGCCGCCCAUGUUAUUUCCCCAACUUUACCUCAGUACCAUCCUUUGCAGCUUUUAGAACUCAUGGAUCUUGGCAAAGUUCGAAGAGCAAAGGCCAUCUUGUCACAUCUUGUCAAGUGCAUUGCUGGAGAAGUUGUGGCUCUGAAUGAAACUGAAUCUAAUCACGAGCGCCGCCUUAGGUCUCUCACCAUUAGUGCCAGUGGAAGCACCACCAGAGACCCACAGGCAUUCAACAAGAGUGAAAAUACAGAUUACACAGAAAUAGAUUCUGUUCCUCCACUUCCUCUAUAUGCCUUACUUGCGGCGGAUGAUGAUAACUCUUACUCAUCUUUGGAGAGAUCUAAUAAUCAGAGUACCUUAAAUAACUCAAACCAGUUAUCAAAAGAAGGUUAUGAUGAGCUUUUUCAGACCUCAACUUUAAUGACUGAUAGUAAUGUUUUAGAAAUGGAUGAAGAAAAUACAAAGCCCAGGAUUAUUGACCUUUCACAAUACAGUCCAACUUACUUUGGGCCUGAGCAUGCUCAGGUUCUUUCUGGCCACUUACUUCAUUCUAGUUUACCAGGACUCAGCAGGAUGGAGCAGAUGUCUUUGAUGGCCUUAGCAGAUACAAUUGCAACUACCAGCACUGAUAUUGGAGAAAGCAGAGACAGAAGCCAAGGUGGAGAAACUCUUGAUGAAUGUGGGUUAAAAUUUCUUUUGGCUGUUCGACUUCAUACUUUUCUUACAACUUCCCUUCCAGCUUAUCGAGCUCAACUCCUUCACCAAGGUCUGUCUACCAGUCAUUUUGCCUGGGCAUUUCACUCAGUAGCACAAGAAGAACUGUUGAACAUGCUGCCAACAAUGCAGAAGGAUAGUCCCACUUGGUCUGAGCUAAGAGCUAUGGGUGUGGGAUGGUGGGUCCGGAAUACCCACAUCUUACGCAAGUGUAUAGAAAAGGUAGCCAAAGCAGCCUUUUAUAGAAAGAAUGAUCCUUUAGAUGCUGCCAUUUUUUAUCUUGCAAUGAAAAAGAAAGCUGUGAUUUGGGGCUUAUAUAGAUCCCAAAAAGACACCAAGAUGACACAGUUUUUUGGACACAAUUUUGAAGAUGAGAGGUGGCGUAAAGCAGCUUUAAAGAACGCUUUUUCUUUGUUAGGCAAACAGAGAUUUGAACAUUCUGCAGCAUUUUUUCUUUUAGCUGGUUGCCUCAGAGAUGCAAUUGAGGUAUGUCUUGAGAAACUGAAUGACAUUCAGUUGGCCCUUGUAAUAGCAAGACUCUAUGAGUCUGAAUUUGAUAAAUCUGCAACAUAUAAGUCUGUUUUACGUAAAAGAGUUUUGGGAAUUGUUUCUGCUGUUAAUGAACUCAAUUCAUUGAACAUCAAUAUGCAUUAUGAUCCUUUUCUUCGGAGUAUGGCAUAUUGGAUUUUGGAAGAUUAUAGUAGUGCUCUGGAAACAUUAAUAAAGCAACCUAUCAGAGAGGACGAUGAUCAAGUCAUGAUGUCAGCCUGUAAUCCUGCAGUUUUUAAUUUCUACAAUUAUCUAAGAACACAUCCUCUUUUGUUGAGACGUCAUUUUGGAUCAUCUGAUGCAUUCUCCACACAUGUGAGUUUAACAGGAAGAAGUGGACUGGCAGGAACAAUUAAUUUAAGUGAAAGAAGGUUAUUUUUUACUACUGCCACUGCUCAUUUAAAAGCUGGCUGCCCCAUGUUGGCUUUGGAAGUAUUAUCAAAGAUGCCAAAAGUUACCAAGAAAACAAAACCUUUUUGUAGAACAUCUAGUUUUCUGGACACUAGUAAAGACUGUUCCCCUACUUCUCCAUUCAAAUUGGAUGCAAGGGAAGAUAAGUCUUCUGCUAUUGAUUGGUCACAGUCACUCAUGAAUGGUUUUGCAUCUUCUUCAGAGGGUUCUUCAGAGAAGCAAUCAAACUCCACUCUUUCUUUUGACUGGAGCCAACCAAGUGUUGUAUUUCAAGAUGACUCUUUAGAAUUAAAAUGGGACAGUGAUAAUGAUGAAGAAAAUGAGGCUGUCCCUAUUUCAAUGAAAGAACUAAAACCUUUAAAUAAAAAAAUAGAUGAAACAAGUUCUAAUUACACAGACUCCCUUUGUACACUAGAUGAAAAUGACAUUUUAAGUCCAUCAGAAGAUAUAAUUUCAGUUCAAUUAAAAUUUAGAGCAUGUUUAAAGAUUCUCACAGGAGAACUUCGUACUUUAUCUACUGGCUAUGAAAUAGAUGGUGGAAAAUUGCGUUACCAGCUGUACCACUGGCUUGAAAAAGAGGUGAUAGCUCUUCAGAAAAUUUGUGACUAUUGUUCAGAUGCUGAAGAAUUACAAUCUGCAUUUGAUGCAAAUGGAGAUGAAUUGGGAAUAAAUGAAGAUGGUGAAGAUUUGCUCCACCAAACAAAAGUAAAACAACUGAGGGAAAAUUUUCAGGAAAAAAGACAAUGGCUUUUGAAAUAUCAGUCACUCUUGAGAAUGUUUCUUAGUUACUGCAUACUUCAUGGAUCCCAUGGUGGGGGUCUUGCAUCUGUGAGAAUGGAAUUGAUUUUGCUUUUACAAGAAUCUCAGCAGGAAACAUCAGAACCAAUAUUUCCUAGCCCUCUUUCAGAGCAAACCUCGGUACCUCUCCUCUUUGCUUGUACAGCCAGUGCCAAAACAGUAGUUGCCAAUCCAUUAUUGCACCUUAGUAAUCUAACACAUGAUAUUCUACAUGCCAUAGUAAACUUCGAUUCACCACCCCAUCCUGAUAUCCAAAGCAAUAAAGUAUAUGUAAUGCAUACUUUAGCAGCCUCCCUUUCUGCUUGUAUAUAUCAGUGCCUUUGUGGUAGUCAUAACUACAGUUCGUUCCAAACGAAUCAGUUUACUGGAAUGGUGUAUCAGACAGUACUGCUUCCCCAUCGACAUUCUUUGAAAACAGGAAGCUUAGAUGAAGCAAUAACUCCCAAUACAUCACCAGCUCAGUGGCCAGGAAUAACGUCUCUAAUCCGACUUUUGAAUUCUUCUGGUGAGGAAGCCCAGUCAGGGCUUACAAUUUUGCUCUGUGAGAUUCUCACAGCAGUGUAUCUCAGUCUCUUCAUCCAUGGCUUGGCAACACAUUCAAGUAAUGAACUAUUUCGGAUUGUGGCACAUCCUCUAAAUGAAAAAAUGUGGUCUGCUGUGUUUGGUGGAGGUGCACAUGUUUCCAGCAAAGGACAGAUACACUCAAAAUCAUUAUCUGGAAGGCACUUUGCUAUGCCUACCCCCCACCAAGUAGUGGUAUUCUCCAUGGAAUGUGUGAGCUUUUCCAAAGCUCUUUCAACCUUCAGUUCUUAUAGCCCUCCCAGUCUUGCAGUUUCUUCUCUAGUGGAAGAAGAAGAAAAACAGACCAAACUAUUUAGGCCAUCAAAAAUGUCUGGCAGAGAAUCUGCCACGCCGACCUCUUCCUCACCACCAGUAAGCCAGGAGUCACUGACAGUCAAAGAGAAGUUCGUCCCACCUGAGCUCAGUAUCUGGGACUAUUUCAUAGCCAAGCCUUUUCUACCCCCUUCCCUAAGUAGAGGAGAAUAUGAUUCAGAGGAGAGUCUGGACAGUGAUGAUGAUGAUGAUGAUGAUGUUUUAAAUUCAGAUUUCCACCUCCAAGAACAUUCUAAUUCAAAUUCAUACAGUUGGUCAUUGAUGCGCUUGGCAAUGGUGCAAUUGGUGCUCAACAAUUUGAAGACUUUCUAUCCCUUUGCAGGUCAUGAUCUUGCAGAGCUUCCUGUUUGUUCACCACUUUGUCACGCAGUUCUAAAAACUCUUCAAUGUUGGGAGCAAGUUCUUCUCCGACGACUUGAAAUCCAUGGUGGGCCACCUCAAAACUAUAUUGCAAGUCAUAUUUCUGAAGAGAGUUUGUCUGCAGGUCCUGCAAUUCUCCGCCACAAAGCUUUGCUGGAACCUACAAAUACUCCUUUCAAAUCCAAACACCACCUGGCACUGUCUGUGAAGAGACUUUGGCAGUACUUGGUGAAGCAAGAAGAAAUUCAGGAAACCUUUAUAAGAAAUAUAUUCACAAAGAAAAGGUGUCUAAAUGAGUCAUUAAAGGACAACUGUGAAACCAUCAAAAAUUCUGUGAUGGAGAAGCCAAACAUCAAUAAGAUAGAAGCAGAUCUUGGAUAUCCUGGAGGUAAAGCAAGAAUUAUUCAUAAGGAAUCUGAUAUCAUUACUGCCUUUGCUGUUAAUAAAGCAAAUAGAAACUGCAUAGCAAUUGCUUCAAGCCAUGAUGUCCAAGAACUGGAUGUUUCUGGAAUUCUGGCUACACAGAUCUAUACUUGGGUAGACGAUGAUAUAGAAAUGGAAACCAAAGGGUCAGAUGAUUUCCUGGUUAUACAUGCUCGUGAUGAUUUAACCGCUGUGCAAGGUACAACCCCAUAUACACAUAGCAGUCCUGGCACUCCAAUCAACAUGCCGUGGCUUGGUAGUACACAGACUGGCAGAGGAGCUUCUGUGGAUUAUUCCAAUAAAUUUAAUGGGAUCAGAAAAGAAUUGGCAAGAAAGAUGAUUAAGAAAGCCAUUAAUAAUGUCAGAAGAAUGACUUCUCAUCCCACUCUUCCUUACUAUCUGACAGGAGCUCAAGAUGGAAGUGUCAGAAUGUUUGAAUGGGGCCAUUCUCAACAGAUAACCUGCUUUCGAUCUGGUGGCAAUUCAAGAGUUACAAGAAUGAGAUUUAACUACCAGGGAAAUAAGUUUGGAAUAGUUGAUGCUGAUGGAUAUUUAAGUUUGUAUCAAACAAACUGGAAAUGUUGUCCAGUUACUGGAAGCAUGCCUAAGCCAUACCUGACUUGGCAGUGUCAUAACAAAACAGCCAACGAUUUUGUCUUCAUUAGUUCCUCCUCUCUAAUAGCUACAGCUGGUCUUUCAACUGACAAUAGAAACAUAUGUUUGUGGGAUACUCUUGUAGCACCUGCCAAUAGUUUAGUUCAUGCUUUUAUGUGCCAUGAUAGCGGAGCCACUGUGUUAGCAUAUGCUCCAAAACAUCAGCUACUAAUAUCAUGUGGCAGAAAAGGUUUUACAUGUGUAUUUGACCUUCAGCAACGACAACAGAGGCAGCUUUUCCAGAGCCAUGAUUCUCCUGUUAAAGCCAUUGCUAUUGAUCCAACUGAAGAAUACUUUGUCACAGGAUCUGCUGAAGGCAACAUAAAGAUUUGGAGUCUCUCUACCUUUACUCUUCUUCACACUUUUAUCAGUGAACAUGCUCGGCAAUCCAUUUUCAGAAAUAUUGGAACCGGAGUGAUGCAAAUUGAGACAGGGCCAGCAAAUCAUAUUUUUUCAUGUGGAGCUGAUGGAACAAUGAAAAUGAGAAUACUGCCGGAUCAGUUUAGCCCAUUAAAUGAAGUGUUGAAAAAUGAUGUGAAAUUUAUGCUGUAACAUUUUGACAAUAAGAUCUAUAAUUUAUCACCUAUUCCAUAAAGUGGCCAACAGAUGCAAUGUACAUUGAUUACUCUCUAUGCCACAAAUAAGCUAAUGCUUUCUUGUUUUCAAAUUCAUUUUAUGGAGCUUUGCCCUUCAUGCACUGAUGCCUUAAAAAGUAACAAGGUCAUUCAGAAUUAGACUAUAUUGUCCAAAGUAGAAUGUAUAAGUAGUGCUGUAAUAUUACAUAUUUAUACUAUGUUAUAGUGAGUAUGUCAUAGUGUCAAAGGAUUUUUGUUUUCUUAUGGUUGAUAAACUUUUCAGCAGAUAUGUCUGCAUGAAUUUCUUUCACAGAAAAAAUACCUUUUAUGUAAAAGCAGUUGUACAUCCAUCAUCACUUAAUUCACCACACUCUCAGUUCCUUUUUCAAACUUACACAUAUCAAGCUCUUCUUCUCCUAACUAAUGAUAGAUUGAUGUUUGGUUAAAAAAAAAAAAAAAAAAUGGUGAACAUUUUUAUUAAAACUGUCAUUGGGACUUCAGUGAUAAAUGAGCCACGUGGCUUAUUAAGCCACGUGAAUUCUCUCCUGGAGACCAAGCAUGGGUAUGUAUAUAUGUGUGUUUGUGUGUAUAUAUGUAACAUAUCUUAUACAUCUUAUUUGAACUUAUUUUGUGUAUAUAUGAGAAAACUACAAGUUUUUUUCAUGUGUUUUUGUGCCAUAAUAAGUACUGCCACCAGAAUAACUUUUUUUGCAGCUGGCUUUUCAUGUUCUUUUUUUAUUAUUAUUAUUGAUUUGGGGGGAGGAGGGUAAGAGAGAGAGAGAAACACCGAUUUGUUGUUCCGUGUAUUUAUGCAGUCAUUAGUAGACUCUUGUAUGUGCCCUGACUGGCUAUCGAACGUGCAACCUUGGCAUAUGGGGACAACACUUGAACCAACUGAGCACCUGGCCAGGGUUCAUGUUCUCUCUCUCUUUUUUUUUAAUUCCCAUCUUAAUUUUCGCAUAAAUUUCGGGAAGACUUCCAAGAUUAUUAUUUUAAAGAUUACAAUGAGUCAGCUAACUCUUAGGAGGCAGUAACAAUUCUGUGUUGGCGCAUAUGAGAGACUUAAAAGUAAGUUUCUAAAUUUAUGGAAGGAUUUUUUGAGCAUCAAACAAACAUUUUACUUAAAAUGUAUUUUUUUUAGGCGCUUUUAGUCUCGAAGUUCUGACAAGCUAAUAAUAGCAGUGUUUUUAAAAACAAUUGUGAAAACAGUCAAAUUAAAUAGAUAGUAUUUACAAAUGUAAAAUACCUGCCAGAUCUACCAUUAAUAGAAAAUAAACUGAACCUUAUAUUUUAUUAUUUUUGCCAAAAUAUAUUAUUUUAUUAUAAAAUAUGACCAAAAUAUUAAAAAUGCACAGUGCUUUUAACUUAAAUGCGCUUAAACCCUAUCUCUCUCUGUGUUUUACUAUACCUUUUAUGACUCAGAAUUAUAGGAAACUUGAUAAAUACUUGAUUUUAACCAAGGAGAGGGGCAGAUGGAACUAAAUGUUUAAGGGACAACUAUAUGUUAUUAAGCUUAAAUAUAUUUUGUUAAUAGGAAUUUAAAAACAUUUUUAUGUAACAAUAUGAACAGCUAUUAUCUUGGAAAUUAAAGAGUUAAAUAAAGCAAAGAAAUGAAGGGCUGGAAAAAUGAAUUUUGUAAUAUCCUCAGGAUACUUUUAUCUUAAAAGUAUAUUGUUAAAGAUUUUGUAAAUUGUAUUCAUAAUUUUAAAUGUGUUGAGCAAGUUGCAGUGAAAACACUGCCAUUAUGUAGAGAGUUUAUGUGCACAUAAUAACCUGUACCUAAGAAUUGUGCAAUAACAACAUGUGACUAUUUUGCCAUGGAGAAAUUGUGACAGCAUUGCAAACAAUACCAUUGUUUGAUGUAGUUAAGCUUAAGUUAUUUUUCAGUAAUUUCUUUACAAAUCAAGAUCCAAAAGGCUUUAAACACUUUUAAUGAGAUAGAAAUUUAUUAUUAUGCUUAUUAGAGGAAAAAAAAGGCAUUGUGGAUGAAUGAUUAUGCAUUUUAAUUGAGGGUUUGUAUGAAUAAUAAAUUAUGUAAGCACAUAUGUAAUUACAUCCAAAGUCAUAUUUUAAAUAAACAAUCAUGCAGUGACUUCUUUUUAGCAUGC